AUGGCCAUCAGUUACGAGCCCGGAAUCCGCUGCUGGAUCCGAGACGAAAAAGAAGGAUGGGUGGGUGCCGAGGUGGUCGACCAGAAGACGGAUGGUGAGAAGGUGACCAUCAACCUGACACUGGAGAACGGCGAGGAAAAGUCGGUAGAGACCUCCGUAUCUGUGCUCAAGUCGUCAGCCGAGGUCCCUCAGCUCCCCCUGCGAAACCCCCCCAUUCUGGAGUCCACCGAAGACUUGACUUCCCUGUCCUAUCUCAAUGAGCCCAGUGUGCUGCACGCGAUCCGAACCCGAUACCAGAUGCUCAACAUUUACACCUACUCGGGAAUCGUGCUUAUUGCCACCAACCCUUUUCAGCGGGUCGACAACCUCUACACCCCCGACAUUAUCCAGGCCUACGCCGGCAAGACCCGUGGUGAGCUUGAGCCCCAUCUGUUCGCCAUUGCCGAGGACGCCUACCGAUGCAUGCUGCGAGACAAGAAGGACCAGACCAUUGUGGUGUCAGGAGAGUCCGGAGCAGGAAAGACCGUGUCUGCAAAGUACAUUAUGCGGUACUUUGCCACAGUGGAGGAUCCGCUAGCACCACGAAAACGCGACGUGUCACAAGGUGACUCACUGUCCCACGUCGAGGAGCAGAUUCUCGCCACCAACCCCAUCAUGGAGGCCUUUGGUAACGCCAAGACCACCCGAAACGACAACUCGUCGCGGUUCGGCAAAUAUCUGGAGAUCAACUUCAACAAGGACGUGGACAUUGUGGGUGCUCGAAUCCGAACCUUCUUGCUGGAGCGAUCUCGUCUCGUGUUCCAGCCUGCCACAGAGCGAAACUACCACAUCUUUUACCAGCUGGUCAAGGGUGCCUCUCCCGAGCUUGCCAAGGCUCUAGGUGUCGAGGGAGGUGUUCCGGCCUUUCGAUACCUCAACCAAGGAGGUAAUGAUACCAUUGAAGGCGUGGACGACAGCGAGGAAUUCAAGCUGACCGGUGCGUCUCUCGAGACUAUUGGCAUCGCCAAACCCGAGCAAGAGAGCCUGUGGAACAUUCUGGCUGGUAUUCUGCACAUUGGUAACAUUGAAAUUGGCCAGACCCGUCAGGACGCGGUUCUGUCAUCCGACGAGCCCUCUCUUAUCAAGGCUUGUGAGCUGCUGCAGAUUGACCCUGUCCAGUUUGCCAAAUGGAUCACCAAGAAACAGAUUGUGACGCGAGCCGACAAGAUCGUGUCCAACCAGACUCACAAGCAGUCGUUGGUGGUGCGUGACUCCGUGUCCAAGCACAUUUACACGUCACUGUUCGACUGGCUGGUCAGCGAGCUCAAUGGCGGCCUGUGCGACCCCAAAGUGCAGGAACAGGUCGAGACCUUCAUUGGUGUACUGGAUAUUUUUGGUUUCGAGCACUUCAAGAAGAACUCGUUUGAACAGUUCUGCAUCAACUACGCCAACGAAAAGCUGCAACAGGAAUUCAACCAGCACGUGUUCAAGCUCGAGCAGGACGAGUACGUGCAGGAGGAAAUCAACUGGACCUUCAUUGACUUUUCCGACAACCAGCCUUGUAUCGACCUGAUCGAGGCAAAGCUGGGUAUCCUCUCUCUGCUUGACGAGGAGUCGCGUCUCCCCGCCGGUAGCGACGAUGGCUGGUGCACCAAGCUGUACCAGCAGCUAGAUAAUCCGCAGAACAAGCAUUUCAAGAAGCCGCGGUUCGGCAACACGUCGUUUGUGGUUGCCCACUACGCCCAGGACGUCAACUAUGAGGCCGAAGGCUUUGUGGAGAAGAACCGUGACGCUGUGCCUGAUGAGCACCUCGAGGUUCUCAUGGCCACCAAGAAUGAUUUCCUCAAGAACAUUCUGGAUGUGGCUGCCAACAUUGCUGCUGAGAAUGCCCCUGCUGCUCCUACCAAGCCUGGCCUGCGAGCCCCCAAGAAGCCUACUUUAGGCCGAAUUUUCAAGGGCUCACUCAUUGACCUGAUGACCACCAUCAACUCCACCAACGUGCACUACAUUCGGUGCAUCAAGCCCAAUGAGGAGAAGGCCGCCUGGUCGUUCUCUGCCCCCAUCGUGCUUUCUCAGCUGCGAGCCUGUGGUGUGCUUGAGACCAUUCGAAUCUCGUGUGCCGGCUUCCCAUCCCGAUGGUCCUACGAGGAGUUCAUUUCCCGAUACUACAUGCUGGUCCCUUCUGCUGAGUGGGCCUCCAUGGAGGUGCGAGAUCUGUGCAACCUAAUUCUAGAAAAGACCAUCAAGGAGGAGGACAAAUUCCAACUCGGAAAGACCAAAAUCUUUUUCCGAGCAGGAAUGCUCGCCUACCUGGAGCGGCUGCGAUCCGACCGGCUCAACGAGUGUGCUAUUGUCAUCCAGAAGAAUGUGCGAAAGCGGUUCUACCGACAAAAGUAUCUCGACACCCGACAGUCGAUUAUCGCUGCCCAGACGCUCUUCCGAGCCCACAUUGCUCGAGAGAGGUUCCAGGAGCUGCGAAAGGAGCAGGCUGCUGUCAAAAUCCAAUCUGCGUGGAGAGGCUUCUCUGGUCGACGAGACUUCAAGCAGCAGCGAGAGGGCAUUGUCCGGCUGCAGGCCAUCUUCCGGGGUGUUCUUGUGCGACGAAACAUCCAGGAGGUGGCCCACAAGGGUGCUGCUUUGACCAUUCAGCGAAACUUCCGAGGAUAUGUGGCUCGAAAGGAGUACCGUAACAAGCUGCAGAACAUUGUGCUCAUCCAGUCGCUGAUCCGACGACGACAGGCCAAGCAACAGCUCAAGCAGCUCAAGGUCGAGGCCAAGUCCGAGAAGCACUUCAAGGAGGUGCAGUACCGACUGGAGAACAAGGUGGUCGAGCUCACCCAGAGUCUGACCGCCAAGCGGGACGAGAACAAGAAGUUGCUGGCCGAGAUGGACAUGCUGAACGCCCGAUCUGCUGCUGCCACCGCCAAGUCCACCGAGAACUCUUCUCGGGUCGAGGAGCUGGAGAAUGCCGCUGAGGAGAAGGAGCGAGCCCACCAGGAGGAGGUUCAAACCAUGGAGCUGAAGCUGGCUGCGUUGGAUAAGCAAUACCAGGCGUCCGUUGCGCAGCUGACCGAGCUGGAGGACGCCAACGCUGCUCUGAAGCAGGAGCUCGAGGCCAAGACCAAGGAAGUCGCUGACAAGAUUGAGGCCACCAACGUGCACAUUGACACCAACAAAUCUCUGAGCGAGCAGCUGGAGCAGGCCAAGCACGAGAUUGAGAAACUCAAGCAGAACGGCGUGGUUGCCUCUGAUAUGGCCUCAGUGUCUCCUGUUCGAGGCACUCCUGGCACAGCAAUGAACGCCAAGCGACGAAACAUCAAGCGUCGAUCUCUCACCUCUGCUGGCAUCGUUGACGGUGCUGCUGCUUUCACUCCCCGACCUUCUGCCGCCGGCGCUGCUGCCGGUGCUGCCAUGGGAGCUGCUGCCGGUGCCAACGCUGAGCAGAUGAUGGCUUCUCUCGGAGUCAAUGGCCAGAUUGAGCAGCUGCUCGAGUCCCAGAGCGACGAGCUGUAUGAUGAAGUGAUCGAGGGUCUGAUCCACAAACUCAACAUCCCCAUCCCCCACACGUCGGAUGACCAGUUUCUGCCUCGAGAGGUGCUCUUCCCCGCCCACAUUCUUAACCUGAUCACCUCGGAGAUGUGGCGGCUUGGCUUUAUCAAGGAGUCCGAGCGGUUCCUGGCCCGAGUCAUGGAGGCCAUCCAGAAGCACAUUCUGGAGCUCAGCGGCGAGGCCGUGAUCUACCCCGGCGCAUUCUGGCUGUCCAACGUGCACGAGAUCAUGUCUUUCGUGUGUCUUGCCCAGGCCAACAUUGCCCAGAACGUGGACAUUAUGGACGAGAUGGGCGAGUACGAGUUCCAGCAGUACGGACGUCUGGUACACGUGGUCAAGGCCGAUCUGGAGAACUUGGAGUUUAACAUUUAUCACACAUGGAUGAAGGAGCUCAAGAAGCUACUGGACAAGAUGAUUGUGCCCGCCAUUGUGCUGUCACAGGCUCUCCCUGGUUUCAUGACCACAGACUCCAACGGCCGUUUCCUCGCCAAGAUGUUCACCUCCAACGUGUCCUACUCCAUGGAUGAUCUGCUCAACUUGUUUAACAAGGUGUACAAGGCCAUGACCUGCUACUUCAACGAGAAGCACAGCGUGCGACAGUCGUUGAUGGAGUUGCUGUCCAUGAUUGGCGUCAAGGCCUUCAACGACCUGCUUAUGCGAAAGAACUUCCUGUCGUGGAAGCGAGGUCUGCAGAUCAACUACAACAUCACCCGAAUCGAGGAGUGGUGCAAGUCGCAUGACAUUGCCGACGGCGUGGUCAAGUUGGAGCACCUUAUGCAGUCCGCGAAGCUGCUGCAGCUCAAGAAGUCGACUCUGGAGGAUAUUGAGAUCAUCUACGACAUUUGCUGGAUUCUCACUCCCUCUCAGAUCCAUCGUCUGAUUGGCCAGUACCUGUCUGCUGACUACGAGGCUCCCAUCUCGUCCGAGAUUAUGAACACAAUCUCCGAAAAGGUCAAGCUGGAGAAGAACGCUGUUCUUCUGCUGGAGACUUCUCCUCUGGAGGACUCUGGUCCGUUUGAGAUCUGCGAGCCCCGUCUGCUCAAGCGGCUGGACUCGUACAUCCCUGCAGUCUUGCAGGUGCCUCUGAUCCGUCGAUUUGUGGAGCUUACGACCUUGGCGUCUGGGCAAAACAACGAGGACCAGCAUGGGAGGAUUGAUGGUGAUAUCUCUGAGGAAGCGGCUGCCGAUAGUGUCAGUGCCGAUCAAAUGGUACCGGAAGAGUCCACCAACGGCUACCAAGAAGUGGCAAGCCAAUAA